AUUCAUAGAAUUAAAYAAGGACGACAACGAAAGGUCCCAACAAUUCUUACCAUAAACCCACAUCUAAAAUGUCUUUGAAUUCCACARCAGUCAAGACCGCCCCUAUUGCGGGACAGAAGCCCGGAACGUCCGGCCUCCGAAAGAAGACAAAGGAGUUCAUGACUCCUAACUAUUUGGAGAACUUCGUCCAGGCUGCCUAUGAUUCCAUCAAGGAAAGCGGAACCGAUGUUUCGCAGGGAAGUCUUCUCAUCGGAGGAGAYGGACGUUACUUCAACCCUGAAGCCAUCCAAACCAUCAUCAAGAUGGGUGUCGCCAACGGUGUCAAGCGCAUCUGGGUUGGAGAAAACGGAUUGAUGAGCACACCCGCCGUCUCUGCCACCAUUCGAGAAAAGGGACCCGUCUGGCAAAAGGCCUUCGGUGCAUUCAUCUUGACCGCCAGUCACAACCCUGGUGGUCCCGARGAAGAUUUCGGAAUCAAGUACAACUGCGAAAACGGAGGCCCUGCCCCCGAUGAAAUGACCGACGCCAUCUACGACAAGACUACCAAAAUCGAGACGUACAAUAUCUGCAAGGACUUCCCCGACAUUGACAUCACCAAGCCAGGUGUCACAACUAUCGUAGAAGGAUCCGACGUCGUCAAUGUCGAAGUYAUUAGUUCCACUGAAACGCACGUCAACCUUUUGAAGACCGCCUUUGACUUUGAUGCCAUCAAGGCUCUUCUYGACCGACCCGAUUUCUCCAUGAUUUACGACUCUAUGCAYGGAGUCAACGGRCCAUACGCAACGGAAGUKUUUGUCAACCAACUCGGUCAGUCUGCUGAUGUUUGCAUGAACGCUGUGCCGAAGGACGAUUUCAACGGAGGCCACGCCGACCCCAAUCUUACCUACGCCAAGGAACUUGUUGCCAUUAUGGGAUUGAACCGAAAGGGAGAAAUCAUCGAUACCGGUGACAAGGCCGUUCCUUCCUUCGGAGCUGCCGCCGAUGGUGAUGGCGACCGCAACAUGAUUCUUGGAACCAAAUUUUUCGUCAGUCCUUCCGACUCCCUGGCCAUUAUCGCAGCCAACGCCAACGCGAUCCCAUUUUUCAAGUCUCAGGGUGGAUUGAAAGCCGUAGCYCGAUCUAUGCCUACAAGUGGAGCCGUCGAUCUUGUUGCCAAGGACAUGGGUUUCGACCUCUUCGAAACACCUACCGGRUGGAAGUACUUCGGAAACUUGAUGGACUCAAAGGCCAUUUACAAGGGCAAGGACUAUACUCCAUUCAUUUGCGGAGAAGAAAGUUUCGGAACUGGUUCCGAUCACGUCCGUGAGAAGGAUGGUAUCUGGGCUGUGUUGGCGUGGUUGCAGAUCCUUGCCUCCCAGAAUGCUGAUGCCUCGAAACCUCUUGUGACAGUGGAAGACAUUACUACUGCCCACUGGAAAAAAUAUGGACGCAACUACUACUGCCGAUGGGAUUUCGAAGGUGUSGACAAGUCGAAGGCCCAAGAAAUGAUGGCGAAGAUGAAGUCUGAAUUCGAAGCGAACACCGGAAAGAAGGUUGGAUCCUACGAGAUCUCGAAGGCCGAUGAUUUCGCCUACACGGACCCUGUCGACGGCUCGGAAGCCACCGGAAAGGGAAUCCGAUUUUUGAUGGCCUGCGGCUCUCGUGUUAUUUUCCGUCUGUCGGGAACUGCCGGUUCUGGUGCCACCAUUCGAAUGUACAUUGAACAAUACGAAAAGGAAAAGAUCGGAGCCGUAGCRUCCGAGGCACUUUCUGGAUUGGUYCGAGUUGCCCUUGAUCUUUCUGCCAUCAAGGAAUUCAUCGGAACCGAAGAACCUACUGUCAUCACCUAAAAACACAAAAUAGAAGAACUGCCGUCUCUGGGAUUGCUCCCGGUCUUUCGUCUUCCAUGAAAUUGACUUCACCAGUAAAAUGACGAUCGAAAUAAAAGCUAUAGAUUGGUUCGAUGCGUUGUGAUUUACCUACCACCACCGCCAAKGUACAUAAUGAAACAAAUGUACUGCAAAACGUGUCUGCAUACAAAUACGAKUAGGUAAAAAAUUCAAAUUAAGAAA